CGCAAUCGUGUGGAAAUCGCUCCACUCGCACUUAUGCAUCGCGGAGCCGCGCAGAGGUGAUCGAACCCGAGCAGCAUCAGUGCGACAGACUGAGAGCGGAUCAGGCGAGCGCGUGUGACGGAUGGACAGAGCCCGUGGGCAGUCCGCGCGCCCUCCGCACCCACUGGGGAACCCGGUGGCGAAGAACUCUCUCUCUCUCUCUCUCUCUCUCUCUCUCUCUCUCUCUCACACACACACACACACUGACACUGUGACUGUAAGACUGUGACACUCUGAGGAGCGCCGUGGGGAGAUGGUCGGACUGCGCGGCGGAAUGCGGUGAGACCGGUCCGCACUUGAGUCCACGGGCUUCCUCAUCGCCCCGACAGAGGAGACGGUGUAGAAGGAGGAGGAACAUCAGACGUCUGAUGCCCCAGAAAGACAGUUCUUUCCGAGCCGCGCAUCAUCGCCGCUGACAGUUCGCAGAGCAUCGCCCGUCCUCUCUGUGGGAUUCGUGGAAGUGGGGAAGGAAUAGCAGCUCAUCUCACUUCACGUGGAUUUCUCUGCACUCCGGGGAUUGCGCGGCGCAGCGCGGCGGAGCGGGGACUCCGGUUGCGGAUUUCUCUCUAUCCUGUGCUGCUGCUGGCGGAGUGCGGGGUGGCUGUUCCAGGGCUGAAGCGCACGGUGACGGGAACGCUGACACCGCUCCCUCCUCAUCCUCACUCUCAUCCUCAUCCUCGGCACGAGCCGCCUCGCGGAGGAGCCCGCAAAGGCCAAAACGGUGCCGGUGGGCUGGAGAGAUGGACCUGCAGUGUGUUGAGCUGCUACUGUGGGCCUUUUUUCUGAGCCUCUUUAGCCGAGUGGCUGGGAACGUCAUCUACCGGGUGCCUGAGGAGCAGCCCCCAAACACUCUGAUUGCCAGCCUUGCUGCUGACGAGGGUCUCCCGGACUCUGGUCACCUGUACAAGCUGGAGGUAGGCGCCCCCUACCUGCGUGUGGAUGGCAAGACCGGGGACAUCUUCACUACAGAGGUGCCUAUUGACAGGGAGAACCUGAAGGACUGCCGCAACCUGUUUGAAGGAGAGCCGUGCAUCCUGGAGUUUGAGGUGUCCAUCACAGACCUGAACCAAAACCAAGGCCCACGACUGAUUGAGGGGAAGAUCGAGGUCCUGGAUGUGAAUGACAACACCCCGCAAUUUCCCUCACCAAUUCUUACUCUCUCCAUCCCAGAGAACACCCACGUAGGCGCCCUCUUCUCUAUUCCCGUGGCCACUGACAAAGACUCAGGGCACAAUGGUGUGGCCGAUUACGCCUUGCCCAACGGACCCGACACCCCGGGGCUGUUCGGCUUGCAGGUGGCUGAGGAUCAGGGCGAGAAACUACCACAGCUGAUCGUCAUGGGCAGCUUGGACCGUGAGCAAAAAGACUCGUAUGACCUCAGCAUCAAAGUGGUGGAUGGCGGGAGCCCUCCACGCUAUAGCAGUGCCUUGCUCCGGAUCAUCAUCACUGAUGCCAAUGAUAACGCCCCAAAGUUUGAGAAGUCAAUUUAUGAGGCUGAAUUACCAGAGAACAGCCCUGUCGGACACUCUGUACUCCAGGUGAAGGCCAAUGACUCUGACAUGGGGCCAAAUGGAGAAAUUGACUACAGCUUGUACCAACCUAACGAUGCAGUCCAAAGACUACUGAGAAUCGACCGGUCAACUGGAAUCAUCUCUGUCAAAGGCCCUGUGGAUCGGGAGGAAAUCAGCAUCUUGAAGUUCUACGUGAUGGCACGGGAUAGGGGACCAAAUUCAAAAAGCUCUAAAGUCUUUGUGAUUAUAACUGUAAAGGAUCAGAAUGACAAUGCUCCCACCAUAGAGAUCCGUGGCAUUGGGCUGGUGACCCACCAGAAUGGCAUCGCCAACAUUUCUGAAGACAUGCCCAUUGGAACGCCCGUAGCACUGGUCCAGGUAUCGGACCGUGACGAAGGUGAGAACGCUGUGGUUACAUGUGUGGUGGCAGGUGAUGUGCCAUUCCAGCUGAGGCCAGCUAGCGAGGCGCCCAGUGACCGCAAGAGGAAGUACUUUCUGCAGACGACUACACUUCUGGACUAUGAGCGCGUGAAGGACUAUCGGAUUGAAAUUGUGGCGGUGGACUCGGGAAACCCGGCUCUCUCUAGCACCAACUCUCUGAAAGUUCAAGUGAUGGAUGUGAACGACAACUCUCCUGUCUUUUCCCCGUCGCUGUUUGAGGUGGACUUCCCAGAAGAGAAUCAACCUGGAGACAAAGUGUUGGAUGUGGUGGCCACGGAUGCUGACAGUGGCACGAAUGCUGAGCUCAUCUACAGCAUCAUGGACUCCUCUAUGAAGGCACUCUUUGAUAUCAACCCUAACACGGGUGAAGUUCAGAUGCGGACACAACUGGACCGAGAGCAGAGAGAGCGUUACGAGUUCCAUGUUGCUGCAGCCGACAAGGGUGUCCCCAGUCUGCGAGGGACAGCUACUGUUGUGGUCAGGGUGUUGGAUCGUAAUGACAAUGACCCCAAAUUCAUGCUGAGUAGCUACAGCUUCUCUGUCCUGGAAAAUAUGCCUCCACUCAGCCCUGUAGGAAUGGUGACAGUGAUUGACGCAGACAAAGGGGAGAAUGCACGGGUGCACCUUUCGGUGGAACCAGACAAUGGUAAGUUUGUCAUUCAGAAUGGCACUGGCACCAUCCUCUCCAGCAUCUCUUUUGAUAGGGAGAAGGAAAGCACCUAUACAUUCCGACUCAAAGCUGUGGAUGCUGGUGACCCACCAAGGUCUUCCUACGUUGGAGUGACUAUCAAUGUCCUGGAUGAGAAUGACAAUGCUCCCUACGUCACAAAACCCUCCAAUUCAACCUAUAAGUACCUCCCUCUUGUUACGAACCCUGAGACCCAGGUGGAGGUGGUGGAGGCAGAGGACAUAGAUACAGGCGCUAAUUCUGAAUUGACGUACAGCAUCACUGGUGGCAAUCCACAUGGACUAUUUCGCAUCUCACCCAUGAGUGGAGAGAUCACCCUGGCUAAGGAGUUCACCCAGAAGCACAAUGGCCUCCACCGACUGGUGGUGAAAGUCACUGACAAGGGCAAGCCACCUCGCCACACCACUGCUCUUGUGCAUUUCUAUGUCAAUGAAACCAUGAACAAUGUCACCCUGGUAGAGUCUCUGGUGGGCCACAGCCUUUAUACCCCACUGGACACUGAUAUUGCUGGUGACCCCGAAUAUAGCCGUGCUGCCCAGCGCAGUAACAUUCUAUAUGGCAGCUUAGCUGGCAUUGCUGUUGUUAUCCUGAUCAUUGUUGUGGUGAUGGUCAUUCGGUACCGCCUGCAAAAGGAAGCCAAGAGCGGUUACCAGGCAGGCAAGAAGGAGACUAAAGACCUGUAUGCACCCAAGCAGGGCCCCAAGAGCAACAAGAGCAAGAAGGGAAAGAAGGGAAAAGCCCCCAAGCCAGCAAAACCUCUUGAGGAGGAUGAGGAGGCCAACCGCCAGAAGACACUGAAGUUCAACCUCAUUAAUGAUGGGGUCAAUGACAGCCCCCGAAUCCACCUCCCUCUGAACUACCCACCAGGGAGCCCGGACCUGGGCCGCCACUACCGUUCCAACUCACCUCUGCCUUCUAUCCAGCUGCAGCCCCAGUCCCCUUCAGCAUCUAAGAAGCACCAGGCUGUUCAGGACCUGCCUGCCACCAACACCUUCGUUGGCACGGGUGACAACAACUCGACAGGCUCCGACCAGUAUUCGGAUUACAGCUACAAGGCCAACCCUCCAAAAUACAGCAACAAACAGCUGCCACAUCGCCGGGUGACGUUCUCCACCGCUAAUCAGGCGCAGGACCUGCAGGACCCUUCGCAGCACAGCUACUACGACAGCGGCCUGGAGGAGUCGGAGACUCCCAGCAGCAAGUCCUCCUCGGGGCCUCGCAUCGGGCCUUUGGCGCUGCCUGAGGACCACUACGAGCGGACCACACCGGACGGCAGCAUCGGUGAGAUGGAGCAUCCCGAGAACGGUGCAGUGUCGAGUGCUGACCGACAGAAGGGGGCCGGCCAAAAAAGACUGCCUUAAAACAAAAUAAAAACACCGUUCUUUUUUCCCCGAAUUGCCAAUAACUCUGAAAUUGGUGCACUCGCCUCUCCAUUGCUGCACUUCAAGGAGUUUUCCUACCGAACCCUUCCCCUGCCUGUGGUCGUGAUCAACAUUAUUGCUCAAUGUUUAUGAAUUCAAUAUUGAAGUGGUACACCGUUUUAUUGUGGAAUUAAGAAUAAAAUUUGCUUGUGAAAAUGAAAAGAAAAAACAAACCUAAAACAGCCGCAGUGUCUUUUCCGAGGACGAACUCAGAAGUUGCACCAUAAAUUUUUCUUGUCUGUUUUUUCUUUCCAAAGCACAUUUUUCUGAGGGAAACUACUUCCCCAUCUCUGCUGAGGCCUUCUCCAUGCGGAUAUAAUCU